AUGGAUAUCGCCCUAAUUGGAGCGUCUGGGUUCCUACGGAAUACGAAGGAUCGGAAGACCGAGACGUUCAUAACGAGCCUGAGCGAGAUCGAGAAAGCUAUUGAAGAUAAACGAGCUGAGGAUCGAUCCAUAAAAUCUGAUGAACUGCCUGAGAGAAAGGAGUAUGAUCAUCGAAUCGAAUUGGAGAAAGAAGUAGAGCUCGGAUACUGCCCACUUUACCGUAUAACGGCAGAGGAGCUACAAGCGGCAAAGGACUAUAUCGUGGAGAACCUAGAUAAGGGCUUCAUAGUGCCGAGUAAUGCGCUGUACGCCUCGCCGAUUCUUAUGGCAAAGAAACCAGGUGGAGGACUUCGUUUCUGUGUGGACUAUCGAAGGCUCAACUCGCUCACUAGGAAGGAUCGAUAUCCGUUGCCCCUUAUCGACGAAGUAUUCGAACGGAUCAGUAAGGCUAAGAUCUUCACAAAGUUGGACAUCCGGCAGGGAUUCCAUAGGAUUCGCAUGCACCAGGAAUCCUCUGACCUGACGACAUUCAGGUGCCGAUACGGAACCUUCAAGUAUGAGGUCAUGCCAUUCGGAUUAACCAACGGCCCAGCGACGUUCUAG